GCCCUAAGUUGAACCAGACAAUGGUCACUUUCGAAGAGCUGCUGUCCGUUGCUGAUCGCCAUGGUAUAUGGACUGCCGCUGGCUUGUGCAGCGCUGUUGCUAGCCUCCACUGCCGCUGACGAAUGUUCUAGUACAUGCGGCACGCCGUCGGGGCUCGAAUUCUGCUCCUACGUGUCGUUUGCCGUCUGUGGGGGUGAAUCCUCCUACGAAGAGCUGGACGAAGCCGCACUACUGGCUUUCCAGGCCUGGAGCGACCUCAAUGCCAGCGAAUCUCGGCUAUCUACGCUGCCGCAGUAUCGGAGCUUUAACCAGGAGAAGAUCGAGGAUACUAUCAAGACGCUGGACCUCGCCAACACCAGCAGCGCAUGCGGCGCCUUUCUGCACCGCAUGGAGUGUGCGGUGCACUUCCCAGUGUGUGAAGUGGGUCGUGACGUCUCCAAAGUCUGCUUGACAUCUUGUCUGUCCACGGUGCACACACAGUGCCCGGGACUCAGUAACGUUUGCGCCACAUUUGACGAAACACAGGUGGAGAGCAAGAGCAACAAGUGCUUCAAGGUUGGCUACACGGGUCCAGCAGUGGGCAUGUGGGUGGCGGGCUUCCUCAUCUCGCUCGUCUUCUCCGUGCUCAACUCAGUGGGUAUCAAUCUUCAGAAGCUGUCUAUGUCACGUAAUGACACUGCAGACGUGAAGAAGACCACACUCAAGCAGCCGCUCUGGAUGCUCGGCUUCGGACUGGUGUGUCUUGGAUCACUACUGGACUUUGUGGCUUUCGGUAUGGCACCACAGACACUACUCGCUCCACUUGCAGCGCUGUCAUUGGUGUGGAAUAUGCUCAUUGCGCCGAUCUUCCACAAGGAAAAAGUUACUCGUCAGAACUUGAUCGCUACUGCGAUCAUCUUUAUUGGUGUCACAUUGACGGUGAUCUUUGCUGGACACAGUACUCCGUCCUAUGAGCUGGAGGAUCUCAUUCGCCUUUACCAGCAACCUGCCAUGUACGCAUACAUCACGCUGAUUGUAUGCUUCUUAGGUGGUCUCUUCACUUUCUGCCGCUACAUCGAACGCACGCACAACUACGAGGAAGGACUGUUCCACAUCAUUUGCUACGGUGGAAUUGCAGGAACAUUUGGGGGCCAAUCGGUGCUGCUUGCCAAGUCGACUGUUGAGCUGUUGAAGAGCGCGAUCUGGGGCGAUUCUGGCUUCUACAUGUUCACGCAAUUCACUUCGUACGUUAUUGUCGCAGGCAUGUGCGCUUGUCUUGGGUUCCAAGUCCACUUCCUCAAUGGUGGACUUGCACGUUUCGAUGCACUCGUGGUUAUCCCGGUAUAUCAGAGCUUUUGGAUCCUCAUGAGUGUGCUGGGUGGCAUCAUGUACUUCGAAGAGUACGUGAGUAUGACGCGGACACAGAUGCUCAUGUUCACUAUUGGCGGGUGCGUCACCAUUUUGGGCAUCAUCGUACUCCUGAAGACAAGACACUCGGGUGACGGCCGCUACAUCGAACUGGCACUAACUCCGACAUCGGCGUGGACAAUUGACGAUUCCGAUGAAGAAGUGGAGCUCAACUUGCCUCCAAGUCCCAAUCUUGCUCUUGCCAAGGGAGCUGCAGGAGCUAAAGUAUCUCCUGGAACAGUGACUCCUGCCUCCCCCAAGAAAGUGUCCGCUAACGAUGCAGCAGUUGCAGCGGCCAUUUAUCGGACAGAACCUGCUUCACCAAUUGGCAGUAGUCGUGUCACCGCGAAGCCAAAGGACUUUGAUGACGACGAGGAAGAAGAGGAUUUUAUUUAACUGAACGAAAUGCCAGGUUAUUUAGACUCCAUUGCCA